AUGAGCACAGCAGGAGCGGCUAAGCAGGCCAUUCUUUUGGGCAAUUUGCUCAAGCAAAAGUCUGUUCCAAAAGAAUUGGGAGUCCAAUAUAAACAAUACAUAUUGAAAAAUAUGUUGUUGAACAUGAACAAAUUGAAAGCACAACAAUCACAAGCCAACAAGUUCAUUCCUGAGAUCAGACGUCAGCACUUUAACAAGGCCACCAACUUGCAAUCGCCAAACGAUUUGGCAAUGUUCAAUCACCAAGUAUUCAAGUUCAACAAGCAUGAUGAAAUCAACAGCGUAAUUUUGGAUCGUCAAGUUGCCAAAUUGAUCAAACAAUUUUUAAACGUCAGUGUCACCAUGAAGGGCGAUAAGACCGCGGCUAACAACUCCAAGGCCUCAGCCGGUGUGGAUAAAAAAUCUAUAUGCCCAAUUUAUAUCAGUGAGCCAGUUUUCAAGCACAGUACUACUGAAGUGGAAGUAUCGUUCUACUAUUACAACAACUUCCCUGACAGCUCGGGGCGUACUCCAAACGUCUACUACAAUGAAGACGCCAAGUAUUAUGUUCCAAUCGUCAAUAAACUUUUCAAUACCCUUUGUGGUACUACUGAUAAAGGUGGAUUAGCCAACACUUUUGAAGAAUAUUAUGGGAAGAAGGUUAGAAUUGUUCCAAAGAAAUUGAUCUACCCACAAAACAAUAAUGUCAUCUUUGCUAAGUAUUUAUCUAACCAAGCUCAAAAGAAUGCUAGCUAUUUGAAGAAUAUUCCAAGAACACUCAGCAGAUGUAUGCCAAAUAUCGCCGAUGAAACUGCCGCCAUCGAUUACAAUUUGAAAUUGAUUGGCUCGGCCGAGGACAAGAUCGCCAAGGUGGUAUCCCAAUCAAAGAACUCUUUAUCUGGAUCAUUGGAUCUCAGUAAGAUUUAUGGUUCUGAUUAUAAAAAUAUCUCCAAGAGAUUGGUCAUGUUCAAGUACCUUAUUGGUGCCCAAGUUAUUGCCAAGGGUAGAUCUCCAGCUAAGGCCGCCAUUUCCAGAGCUCAGAAAUCAAAGUCUUUCAGAGGUACUUUCAGAAACAAGGUUUACAACAGUAAUGUGUUGAGUAAUCAAUAUAAAUUGAACCACUUAAAGAGUAACAUCACCGUUCACAACAGUCCUUUCGUGACUAAGUUCGGGAAAUUCAAUGUCGGUGUCAAGUCAAACUAUCUUUAA